AAUUUUCUUUAAAUAUUCAUUGUUAGGAUAUUCAGAAAAAGAUGACUGAGAAUUAAUUUGAUAAAAUUAGAACAAAAAUAUCAUAUUUUCAGAUGAUUUGACAAAUAAGAAUGGGAGAACUACGAAAAUACUUAAUGGUAUGCAUGGUAUAUGCCAGCAUACCCCUUAUGUACUGUGCUCUAGGCAUGCUGAAGCUAGCAUACCUAAUUUCUCCUGAGGCUACUCUGAAAAUGGUGAAGAGGUUGGGUAAAAAUAAACCUGGACUGGAAGAAAUUAUGAAAAAUGCAGAGUCUGCAGAAGAUGUAAAGUUCCUUUUUUCUGACGAAUUUAUUAAGGGAAGGACGAAUGCUUUUCUCCGGAACAUUAAUAAAACAGCAGCUGAAGGUCAACCUGCUGUUAAUGUGAAGCUGGUCAACCCGGAUACCGGAGCUCAAGUAAACAUCCUGGAUUAUGCCAGAGCUGGCCGUAUCCUUGUUGUUAAUUUUGGCUCCUGUACCUGACCCCCAUUCAUGGGUAGCCUCUCAAAAUUUAGCGGUAUCAGAGCUAAGUUUGGGAGCAAAGUUGAUUUUAUCACUGUUUAUAUUGAAGAAGCUCAUCCAAGUAACAAGGAUCAUUUUAAGGGGAAUAUAGAUAUUCAAACCCAUCAGCAUCUACAGGAUAGAUUAGAGGCUGCUAGAUAUCUGAGGUCAGAGGCUGCCGAGGAUUUAAAAGGAUGUCCUAUUUUGGUGGAUAGGAUGGAUGACGCGGCAAAUAAAGCAUAUGGUGCGCAUCCUGAACGUCUCUACGCCAUAUUGGACGGUAACAUUGUUUACGAGGGUGGAAUGGGUCCUUUCAACUACAGUAUUGAAGACUUGGAGAACUGUUUAGAGACAAGACUCAACAUGGAAAAUACAAAAUCUUGUUAAUUUAUUUGAAAUUCGAUAAAUGAUGAAUUAUGAAGGAUUAGUUCGAAAUCUCUUUAAGAACAACUGAUCUGAAUGCCUUUUCCACAUUUAUCCAAAUAUUGUUUCAAAUAAAUUUUUACAUACUUUUAUUUUUUA